AUGGUCACUAUGACUUCAUUACUACACAUUGCUUUAAUUUACUCGAUAUUGAAUAUUGUUUUUUCUAAUGGCUUACCACCUUCCACUGAAGUUUCACAAUCACCAACACCUUUCCACAUUGACCAACCUUCCACUGAACUUUCCCAAUCACCAACACCUCUCCACAUAGACCAUGAAAUAUUAAAACCAUAUUCUCCAUAUAAAGAUUUACGUAAGAGUAGAAAAAGGUCUCCCCCUCCUCCGUCAUCACCACCACCACCACCACCACCGCCACCUUCCUUUGAUCACUUUAAACUGGCUCUCACAUGGCCACAAACAUUCUGUAAGAUAGAAACCUGUUUGUCUCCAUUGCCACAAACAUUUGUAAUUCAUGGUCUCUGGCCUAGUAAAAGAGACACUGAGAUACGUGAUUGCAAAGUUGGGACAUAA